GGGUACUAUGAUUGUCAAUGGCUGUCAGCCUAUUCUGAAGCGGUUUUCUCUUCAUCUACUACAAAAUCAUCUUUAAUCUUCGCUCAGAUUGGUGCUGUCAGCCCGGAAUGAUGCUUCAAAAGUACUAUCUUGAAAUGCAGAAAGUUGUGCCAUGUCCUCAAUAGUAAGAAGAGCCUUGAAAAUGUUAUCACAUCGACCAGAUAACCCAAUUGUGGUUGUUAUGGGUGCUACUGGUACGGGAAAGUCAAAGUUGGCCGUUGAUUUAGCCACACGGUUCAAUGGUGAAAUCAUCAAUGGCGAUGCCAUGCAGAUGUACAAGGGACUGCCGAUCAUAACAAACAAGAUCCCACAUGGUGAACGCAACGGCAUUCAGCACCACCUGCUGGAUUUCAUUGGACUGGAAGAGCAGCCAUGGACUGUCCACAGGUUCGUCAAGGAGAGUACCAAGGUCGUAGAUGAGAUCAGGUCCCGAGGAAAGCUACCGAUUCUCGUGGGUGGCACGCAUUACUACACGCAUGCUCUUCUAUUCAAAGACGAGACUCUUUCGGCAGACGAGGAAGAAGGUAACGCAGAAGAUACUGAAGGGAGAGUAAUCGUGGACUUCGCGAUCCUGUCACGACCAACGGAGGAAAUACUCGCAAAAUUGCAAGAAGUAGACCCUCAAAUGGCAGUCCGAUGGCAUCCAAGAGACAGACGAAAGAUCCAGCGGUCGCUCGAGAUCUGGCUAAAGACUGGCAAGAAGGCUUCGGAAGUGUAUGCUGAGCAACAAGAACGAAAAGAUGCAAUGGGUCGAAACAUUAGUUCUGGUGUCACCUCCGAAGAUCUCGAAAGCAUGAUCGAUGGUGGUGAAGACUCUGCUCUACGAUAUCCUACCUUGCUUCUGUGGUUGGAAGCUGAAGAUGCCGUACUGAAAAAGCGACUCGAUGCACGUGUGGAUUCCAUGGUGGAAAGUGGGCUUGUGGAUGAAGCAGUCGCCCUAACAGCCCUCGAUAAAGAUCUGGCUGAGCGAGGUGUGCCAGUGGACAAAUCCAAGGGAAUUUGGGUUUCGAUUGGUUACAAAGAGAUGGAGCCUUACAUCCAGGAGCAGCAAAUCUCGGGGGUCAACUCUCCCCAGACAUCUCGCGCUUUGGCGCAAGCCGUGGAAGCUGUAAAGGGAGGGACCAGACGCUAUGCAAAGCGCCAGAAUCGCUAUAUUCGAAUCCGACUGGCUAAUGCACUGCAACAGGCGGGUGAAUUCAGUAUGAUGUUUCUUCUUGAUGGGACGAAUCUCGAGAAUUGGGACACCGAUGUUUUCGAACACGCCCAGAGGCUUGUGGAAUCGUUUCUCGACGGUGGAUCCCUUCCAGAGAACAAAAGUUUAUCAGAGCUUGCGAACAAGAUGCUCUCUGCUCCCGAUGAGCAAGCUGCGACAAACUCUCGAGUGGCCCAGAAAUGCGAGACGUGCGACAAGAUAUUGAUGACGAUCGAUGAGUGGAACCGUCAUGUCUCAAGUCGUGGUCAUAAGAAGGUUGUCGCGGCCCAACGCAAGCGAGACGCAGCAUCAGGCCAGGUAUCCACCGGAGUUCCUGACAUCUCUGGCUCAGAACCUGCUUGAUACUGGUAAUGGUGCAAAUCGAGUUGUUUGCCCAACGAUCAGAGGACCAAAGGCGAAGCAAACUGGCGACAAGAUAUCAUUGAGGCUCGUGGGUUUCGACUUGCCCAUUUGUGGUAUUAGCAGCGUCUGAAGACUUGCUCUGGUGAACCGCGAGGCCGGUUGUUCGCCAUUCUACAAAGGCAGGUGACAGAAUGUCUCCGUGGCCAGUCUCUUCGACCUUAAAGACUUCUAUUGCUGGAACCUUUUCGCGCUUACGUAUGCGCCAUACCCCAUCUUCGGUGAUGACGCUCUUCAGCCCUGUGCACUCUGUCAGUGGUGCUGAACCCAUCUGCGACGAGAUCACCUACAUUCCAAAAAGUUCGCGGCAAAGUUGAUACAGAUCUGCCCAUCCCAGAGAUACUUGCCCUUCUGUCGAACCUUGUCCGGGAUGGUCUGUGUCUCAAGCUCCUCGAGUCGCUCCAAGACACCUUGCGGCGACCGAUAUCCCACCACAAUCUUGGGUACACCCAGCAGAAACGAUUGAGCCCAAAACUUCAAGAGCUUCCUCUCAAACUUGACCUGCUCACGUUCAUUGAUGACCGCGGCAGUGGUCUUCAACUCAACCCAAUUGAUGGGCUGAGACUUGUCUUCUGGCUUGUAGUCCAUCACGGCAUCGACUUCUCCACCGAUGAUGAUUUUCACCUUGCCGAGGCCGGUGCGGACAAUCGAGCAGUACUGGGCGUAGUUACUCACGACUUGGUCUUCGCGUGACUCGAUGUCCUCUCGUGUCACGGCGGACCAAGGCUCCGGGAGAAGAGACACGGUUUCAAACUUGUAGCCCCAGAAACUCAUAACAUCUUGGGACAUGAUGUUGUUCGGCCGGGCUCCCGCGGUGAAC